GGUUGGUGGCUCAGGGUGCCCUAGGGCUACCUCCCUCCCUCCCUCCUUUCUUCCCUCCCUCCUGGGGAGGGGACUGGGCCGACAGUAAUGCCAUUUGUCCUGGCUCUGGGAUUAGGUGCAGUCAUCGAGAGGAGAGGACGCAGUGAAGGGAAGAGGAGCCACGCAGCCGCCGCCUGAGCUCCGCCUCAGCCCCGUGGGCCCCACGGAGUGAGUGUCAUGCGACAUCCCCAGGCCUGCCCAGGGUCCUCUGGCCCACUGCCCAGACCCCCCAGGAGGCCCUGACGCCCUGGGGCACUUCUGCUCUGCACAGGACCACCAGGGGGUUUGCCAUGGUGACAUAAAGGGGCGCAGAGGAAGGAAGGAGCGUGACCAGCCUGCGGACUGCGCCCCUGGCUGGGGGGAAGGGCCAGGGGCCCGGAUCCUCCACUCCCACUGCCCACCGAGGGCCUCGCUUCCGAAGUCUCUGUGAAUUUCUUGGUCAGUGGACGACUCUCGUGUCCCCUGUGUGGGGCCUUGGGGUGGCCAGGGCAGGCCAGGCCUCCGGUGGCCAAGGUCUCGGGGGCCAGGAUGCCUGCCCUGGCGUGCCUCCGGAGGUUGUGUCGGCACGUGUCCCCGCAGGCUGUCCUUUUCCUGCUGUUCGUCUUCUGUCUGUUCAGCGUUUUCAUCUCGGCCUACUACCUAUAUGGCUGGAAGCGGGGCCUGGAGCCCUCGGCGGAUGCCUCUGAGCCCGACUGUGGGGACCUGCCUCCCGUGGCCCCCAGUCGCCUGCUGCCGCUCAAGCCUGUGCAGGCAGCCACCCCUUCCCGCACGGACCCGUUGGUGCUGGUGUUUGUGGAGAGCCUCUACUCGCAGCUGGGCCAGGAGGUGGUGGCCAUCCUGGAGUCCAGCCGCUUCAAGUACCGCACGGAGAUCGCGCCGGGCAAGGGGGACAUGCCCACGCUCACAGACAAGGGCCGUGGCCGCUUCGCCCUCAUCAUCUAUGAGAAUAUUCUCAAGUAUGUCAACCUGGACGCCUGGAACCGGGAGCUGCUGGACAAGUACUGUGUGGCCUACGGCGUGGGCAUCAUUGGCUUCUUCAAGGCCAAUGAGAACAGCCUGCUGAGCGCGCAGCUCAAGGGCUUUCCCUUGUUCCUGCAUUCGAACCUGGGCCUGAAGGACUGCAGCAUCAACCCCAAGUCCCCGCUGCUCUAUGUGACACGGCCCAGCGAGGUGGAGAAGGGCGUGCUGCCCGGCGAGGACUGGACCGUGUUCCAGUCGAACCACUCGACCUACGAGCCGGUGCUGCUGGCCAAGACACGCUCGUCCGAGUCCAUCCCGCACCUGGGCGCCGAUGCCGGCCUGCACGCCGCGCUGCACGCCACCGUGGUCCAGGACCUGGGCCUCCAUGACGGCAUCCAGCGCGUGCUGUUUGGCAACAACCUCAACUUCUGGCUGCACAAGCUCGUCUUUGUCGACGCUGUGGCCUUCCUCACCGGGAAGCGCCUCUCGUUGCCUUUGGACCGCUACAUCCUGGUAGACAUCGACGACAUCUUUGUGGGCAAAGAAGGCACGCGCAUGAAGGUGGAGGAUGUGAAGGCCCUGUUUGACACCCAGAAUGAGCUACGCACACACAUCCCAAACUUCACCUUCAACCUGGGCUACUCAGGGAAAUUCUUCCACACAGGUACUGAUGCCGAGGACGCCGGGGACGACCUGCUGCUGUCGUACGUGAAGGAGUUCUGGUGGUUCCCCCACAUGUGGAGCCACAUGCAGCCCCACCUUUUCCACAACCAGUCUGUGCUGGCCGAGCAGAUGGCCCUGAACAAGAAGUUCGCUGUCGAGCACGGCAUUCCCACGGACAUGGGCUACGCGGUGGCGCCGCACCACUCGGGCGUGUACCCCGUGCACGUGCAGCUGUAUGAGGCCUGGAAGCAGGUGUGGGGCAUCCGCGUGACCAGCACGGAGGAGUACCCCCACCUGAAGCCAGCCCGCUACCGCCGCGGCUUCAUCCACAACGGCAUCAUGGUCCUCCCGAGGCAGACCUGCGGCCUCUUCACACACACCAUCUUCUACAACGAGUACCCUGGCGGCUCCAGCGAGCUGGACAAGAUCAUCAAUGGGGGCGAACUCUUCCUCACCGUGCUCCUCAAUCCUAUCAGCAUCUUCAUGACACACCUGUCCAACUACGGGAACGACCGCCUGGGCCUGUACACCUUCAAGCACCUGGUGCGCUUCCUGCACUCCUGGACCAACCUCCGGCUGCAGACGCUGCCCCCGGUGCAGCUGGCCCAGAAGUACUUCCAGAUCUUCUCCGAGGAGAAGGACCCGCUCUGGCAGGAUCCCUGUGAGGACAAACGCCACAAAGACAUCUGGUCCAAAGAGAAGACUUGUGACCGCUUCCCGAAGCUCCUCAUCAUCGGCCCCCAGAAAACAGGCACCACAGCUCUCUACCUGUUCCUGGGCAUGCACCCGGACCUAAGCAGCAACUACCCCAGCUCAGAGACCUUUGAGGAGAUCCAGUUUUUUAACGGCCACAACUAUCACAAAGGCAUCGACUGGUACAUGGAGUUCUUCCCUAUCCCUUCCAACACCACCUCUGACUUCUACUUUGAGAAAAGCGCCAACUACUUUGAUUCAGAAGUGGCGCCCCGGCGGGCAGCAGCCCUUUUGCCCAAGGCCAAGGUCCUGACCAUCCUCAUCAACCCAGCAGACCGGGCCUAUUCCUGGUACCAGCACCAGCGAGCCCAUGAUGACCCAGUGGCCCUGAAGUACACCUUCCAUGAGGUGAUCACGGCUGGCCCAGAUGCGUCAUCAAAGCUGCGCACCCUCCAGAACCGCUGCUUGGUCCCCGGCUGGUACGCCACCCACAUCGAGCGCUGGCUCAGCGCCUUUCACGCCAACCAGAUUCUGGUCUUGGAUGGCAAACUGCUGCGAACAGAACCUGCCAAAGUGAUGGACACGGUGCAGAAGUUUCUUGGGGUGACCAACACCAUUGACUACCACAAAACUUUGGCGUUUGAUCCAAAGAAAGGAUUUUGGUGCCAACUGCUCGAAGGAGGAAAAACCAAGUGUCUGGGCAAAAGCAAGGGCCGGAAAUACCCAGAGAUGGACUUGGAUUCCCGAGCCUUCCUGAAGGACUAUUACCGGGACCAUAACAUCGAGCUUUCCAAGCUGCUGUACAAGAUGGGCCAGACACUGCCCACCUGGCUGCGGGAGGACCUCCAGAACACCAGGUAGCCGUGGCCACCACAGCCAGACUGAAUGUUUGUGAUGGCAGGGACGUCCCGCCGCACGCUGAGCCAGACUGACCUGCGGAGUGGGGAGCGGGCCGGGCCGGCCAAGCACUUAGGAGCAAUACUCUGCUGCAGCCCACGUGGGGCCGGGAGAAGAGCCCAGGCAGGUCCACAAGCGCCUCAGAGCACCCACUGCUGGGUCUGUGGCCCACAGGACCUCCCAGCCACCGGAGGUCCAUUCUGUUCACAGCCUUUCCUGGGGAGGCCACUGCCUGUUGGUGGACGGCCACUUCCUGUUGGUGGAUGGCCACUUCCUGUUGGUGGAUGGCCACUUCCUGUUGGUGGACGGCCACUGCCUGGUAGGGGAGUCCACAAACUCUCUUUUCUGUUCCUCACUGUGUUCUCCCAACCCUCCCCUCUCCUUCAUCCCGUCACUCCCUGCUCCCGCAGGGCGUCCCCUCAGUAUUAGCUGCCAUAUUUUCCCUGUCCUCUGACAAUAAGGGAGAAGCGCCCAGCCGGUCCUUUUGCCAAACCAGGGAGAGAGACUGGACGCUUCCCUGACUUGUUUCGAGCCAGGCUCUUCAAAGGGGUCGGCUGGGUACCCAGAGUCAGUCCCUGGGCUGGAUGUGAGGGUGGCCACCUCGAGAGAACUAUGAACCUCCUCGUCCGGUUCGCACCUUCGCAUCUCACCUUCCCGUUUUGGGGAAAGACUGUCUGGUUCCUACAGUAUCCACCCAGUCCCCAAGGCCUCCUGCAGGGCCCCGGGGCACUGGCGUGCCAUUUGGGCCCAGAGACCCAGGCCUCAGCUGGACCCCUGCUUCACCCUGGGGCAUGACGUGCGUGGUAUUUCCUGUGGCAAAAGACCGAGGCGGUGCAGGAGUCUGCCAGGAUGCGUGUUCCCCUGUACAGACGCGCCCCCACACCCCCAGCCUCGGCUCCUGGCAGACGCGGGCAGAGCUGGUGAGACGCCGGCCGCUGCUCUGCCCCAGCUUCCUGUGGCUGAGGGUUUCCAGAGACCCCCUUAACCUCCCAAAUACUAAGAAGCUAAAGUAUUUUAAUAUUUUGUUUUUUUUUUUUCUUGGUGCCAGAGUUUAUACCCUGGGUGCUGGGGUCGCACUGUGUUUUUUAUAUAUAUAUAUAUAUAUAUAUAUAUAUAUAUAUAAUGUGUAUAUAUAUAUAUUAUAUUUUUUUUGGUUGGGUUUGUUUUUAAUUCAGUCGUACAAAAUGGUGGUAAGCCCCAGUCUCAGGGGGUGUCCUAUCUUAGUGCCAGAGAAUGAGGUGGAAGGGAGGGAGGGCGUGUCUGUCUGUGUCUGGGCCUCGAGGAGACAGAGCGAAGGUGCUCUCGGAGAGAUCUCUCUUUGCUCCCCCCAGUGCCGCGGCUGUCCUGGGGCCACCCUGGGUGAGCAGAGGUGGUGAGACCUGCUCUCUCCAGGAAAUCUGGCUUCCUGAAGCCCGGUGACUCUGGGGAAAUUUUGGCCAAAGGAAACAGCCAGGGCUGGGGUGGGAGAGCUGGGGCCGAAGCUGGCCCGUCCCCUCUCCCUCACAUGGUGCUAGGCUGGGAGCUGCUCUGGGCGUUGGGGUGCCCGCCGGCACCCACAGCACCGCCUCCCGGCCCCUGUAGACAGUGGGAUUUCUGGGCUGAUUUCUGAUCGGGGUCUGCUCCUCUCCCCCCUUAACAAUGUGAAGUGACUGAGGCUGGGGUGCUUCUCUAGCCCCGGCCCCCUCCAACUGCCGGUUCAGCUUUGAAUUGACACCCGGGAAGUGCUUUCUGGAGAGCCUGUCUUGCUCAGAAGACUCUAGCAUCUUGGGCUGGAAGGGCCCUUCGACGGGUAUGACGCGGGCCCGGCAAGGGGAGCUGGCCUGCUUGGCGGGUGAAACGGAGCUGGCUGGGAGCAGGGCCGAGCCUUGAACCCAAGGCCCCUGAUUCCGAGUCUAGUGCUCUCCUUCCAAUGCCACACUGCCUCUGAGCCCUUCUGGGGACCCUGCUCUGUGCCGGGUUCCUGUCCCUCCCUCAGUCACAACCGUGGUCAUUCCAGAAAAUGGGGACAAACCACUCCUUCCCAGCCAGGGUGCCUUCGAGCCUCCCCACCCCCAGGUGUGCAUGUGCGUUGCCGUCUUCUCCCGGCCUGGAGGUCCUGCCCCAGCCCAUGCGCCCCGGUCGGUGCGUUCUGAACCGAUGCCCUUUUCUCGAGUUCUCCAUGGGGCUGGAGAAGAAAGUUGGACACUCAGGGGACCAGCCGCUGUGGUUUCAUUGUGUAGAGAGCAGCGUCCCCUCACGCUUCUCAGUGGGGCCUGCAAGCCUGGGAGCCCUGGGCGUUGUUGGCCCAGCAGGGACGAGGAGCGGGUGUCCGAAGACGGCGUGGCACAUCUACUUGUACACUCUUGCCCGCACCGUGGAGCCAGACUCCCGGAGAGGGGCGGCGACUUCCGUAGUUCAAACCCUGGGUAGUUCAGGCUGCGCGGGUUUUGCCUUUUGCGCUGACUUAACAGCUUUACUUCUUACCUGUCAGCGAGGGGAUCGGGCUCUGUGAUCCGUGAAGACCUUGUGGCUCCCACAUUUUGAAAUCCACCCUCUGGGCCCGGGGGCUACUUCCUUCUCUUGGAGCUUGGAAUGCAGAGUCUGGCUGGCCCUCCUUGGCAGGCAGCUGCUCUUCCCUGUGCUCUGGCCUCAGGAAGGAGCGGGCAGGUUUGGGAUCCUGCGAGAGCAGAGGAGAUAUUUGUGCCCAGGCCCUUCAGGGAGCCUGGGGACCGGACUUGCCACGUGUCCCAAAUCCGUCUGUCUAGGGCACUGCUGCUGCUACUUCCCUUCCCACUAACAUAUCUUUCUUGAGGACCCACGAGGCCCAGACACAGCCGGGACCUGCAGGUAUUGGGUGGGGGGCGGAUAAGCUGCCCUGGGGGCUCUCAGCUACUGGGCACACAGACGCCCCCUCCCGGGAAGAGAAGACCAGAGGUGAGUGGGGCAGUGUGGGCGGUCUUCAAUGUCCACUAAUUCACUGUAAGCAUUGGCCAAAAAAUUAGAGAACUGGCUUAACUUGUGCAGAUCACUGCACCAUCCACUCUGCAGCCCCCUCCACAAGCCUUUGCCUUGGGAGGGUGCAGGUGGGAGGUGUCACUUACAGCCGCCUCAGUUGUUGGGUUCUAGAACCUUCCAUGAUGUGAGUAUCUUGCCACUCAGAGGACGAAUGUGAAGCUUAAAGAUGGGCCUUUUCCGAGCCCCUGUAUACAAGCAGUCGGUGCUUCUGGGCCCAGCUAAGGAAGCUGGAUGGCUGGACUGGCCCGCAGAGGUUGGUGGUCCCAACACAAGUUGUGCCCACAGGCUCGUUAAUGGGAAGAGCGAGUACAAAAGUGUUUUACCAGACAUUUUACUAUCAACUCCGGCUACCCAGCAUCUAGAUUUAAAAUUAUUAACAUUUUGUCACAUUUGUUUCUCUCUCAUUCUGUACAUAUAUAUAUUUUUUUCUGGCCUAGUUUAAAAGUAUGUUGCAAAGGUCGUGGGACUUUACCCCUAAAUGCUUCAGCCUGCAUCUCCUAAGAGUUAGGCGUUUUCCCACAUAUUGGCCCACCAUCGCAGUCAAGACAACAAGUCACUUCCUAACAAUAACUGCUCUCCAGUCUAUAUUCAAUUGUCCCCGAUUGUCCCCCAAAUAGCUUUUACCUGGUUUUGGAAUCAGGCUCCAGUCAAGGUGCAGACAUUGCAAUUUUCUACCUGUGGUUUUUAAAUCUCCUUGAAUGGUGAAAAGUCUUCCCUCUGCCCAUAUUGAGUUUUUAAAUGACAUCGUUUUUGAGACCAGCAGGCCUGCUGUCCUGUUGAAGUCCCCCAUUCCAGAUUUGUGGGAUUGUUCCCUCAUAGUGUCAUAUGACCACUUCCUCUGUCCCCUGUGUUUUCAAGGGUAAUUCAGGCUACAUGGGUUUUUGCCUUUUGCGCUGACUUGACAGCUUCGCUCCUGCCUAAGAUGCGCCUCCACUGUCACCUGUACCAAGUGCCAAAGCAGCAGAGGAGCCAGUCAGAGCUCCAGGAGCCCAGGGGAGGGCCAGGGAGGCUCCCUGGAGAAGGCAGCUUCAGGCUGGGUCUGGGAGGGAGGGAUGGAGGGCUCUCUGGAAGGAGGCUGGGCCAGGCAGCCUUGGGACCUGCUGGGAAGGAGAUGUCUCUGGCUUGAGAGUGCCUCUGCUGCCCCCUUUGACCCUGGGGAUGGGCCACAGGGCACCAACACAGCAUCUCUCUCUGUCUCUCUCUGUUUUAUGGUCCCAGUGUUCUCACUUCCCGGAGGCCUGUGGUCUGUGCACUGGAGCAGAGCUGGGCCUCUGGGGUGCACCAGGGAAGGGCCUCCCCCAGUCGCGGUGUGAGGAGAGCACUAGGCGGGAGGCAGGAGCUGUGAGCUCUCCCCGCUGGGUGCAUUUAGUAGCAGCCUGGCCAUCUUCCUCCCAGAGCCUCUGCUCCCCAUCUGUGGAAUGAGCAGGUGGGGUACAGCUGCAGCUGGGGUUUUCACACGUGCAGGAAGGAAGCAAGCAGCUCUGCCCUAGUUGAAAUGAGGAUGGGGGCCCAGACCUGCCCCCCACCCCAGGCCCUCAAGACAAUGCUGGGUCCCUGGUUUGCCAUCUCUGAGCCGAUACUCUCACUGGCUCAGACGGCCAGAGAUUGUUAGUUCCCCCGAGGGACAGGCAUUGGCUUUAUGUGGGGUCAAUGCCAAGGGCUUGGGGGAGACUCUGGCAGUGUUUUGUCCUAAGUUCAUCCCACCUGCUCUUCUUCCUCUUUCUGGCCCUAAUGAGGGAGAAGCGGGUUUUCUAUGACUGUGCUAGCUUUUAUUAUCAGCAAGAGGGCUCCUUUUGUAAUUUGUGCAUGAAAUUCAUGUCAUUUCCUGGGGAGAGGAGAGGGCUGACUGGAGAGGGUGGGGGGCACGCUAGGGGAGCAGGCAGAGGUUUCCUUCCCUUGUGGGGGGUGGGCAAAGGGGUGGAGAGGGGGUGCUACCCAGCUCGCCUGUGAGGGCUCUCGAACCAGCCGUUUUGGGUUGUGUUAAAGGUGGGAACCUUCCUCCAUUAAUGUACAAUCUCGAACUAACUGCUAAUAAAGUGGGGUUCUGUUUGUA